AUGUCCUUCGCCUCUCGCUCUGCUCAGGCCCUCCGUACCGCUUCCCGUCGCGCUCCUCGCAGCGUCGCCAACGUCGCGACCAAGUCGCAGCGUGCGUCCUACUCUCUCCUUGCGCGCACGGUCUCGGCGGUGCCAUCGAAGGCCACUGCUGUCCAGCAACAAACUCGUGGUGUCAAGACACUCGACUUUGCUGGCACGAAGGAGGUCGUCUACGAGCGGAGCGACUGGCCCCUGGCUAAGCUCCAGGAUUACUUCAAGAACGACACCCUCGCCCUCAUCGGCUACGGCUCCCAGGGCCACGGACAGGGUCUCAACGCCCGCGACAAUGGCCUCAACGUCAUUAUCGGUGUUCGUGAGGGUGGUGAGUCGUGGAAGCAGGCUCAGGAGGACGGCUGGGUUCCCGGCGAGACCCUGUUCUCCAUCGAGGAAGCCAUCAAGCGCGGAACCAUUGUGAUGAAUCUGCUGUCCGACGCUGCCCAGUCCCAGACAUGGUCCAAAGUCGCGCCCCUCAUCACCAAGGGCAAGACUCUCUACUUCUCGCACGGCUUCUCUGUUGUGUACAAGAAUGAUACCCACGUCAUUCCUCCCAAGGACGUCGACGUCAUCCUCGUUGCCCCCAAGGGCUCCGGUCGUACCGUCCGCACCCUCUUCAAGGAGGGUCGUGGCAUCAACUCGUCCAUCGCCGUCUGGCAGGAUGUUACCGGCAAGGCCAAGGAGAAGGCUGUUGCCAUUGGUGUCGGCAUCGGCUCCGGCUACAUGUAUGAGACCACCUUUGAGAAGGAGGUCUACUCCGAUCUCUACGGCGAGCGUGGUGUCCUCAUGGGCGCCAUCCAGGGUCUCUUCCUGGCCCAGUACAAGGUCCUCCGUGCGAAUGGCCACUCACCGUCUGAGGCGUUCAACGAGACCGUCGAGGAGGCGACUCAGUCGCUCUACCCUCUUAUCGGCCAGUAUGGCAUGGACUACAUGUACAACGCGUGUUCAACCACCGCGCGCCGAGGUGCCCUCGACUGGGCACCUAUCUUCGAGAAGACCAACAUACCCGUCUUCGAGAAGCUGUACGAGAGCGUCAAGAACGGCACCGAGACGCGCAAGUCGCUCGAGUACAACUCGCGCUCGACGUACCGCGAGGACCUCGCGCGCGAGCUCAAGGAGAUCGACGACCAGGAGAUCUGGCGUGCCGGCAAGGUCGUCCGUUCUCUGCGCCCCGACAUCCAGCAGUAG